AUGGUGUAUGCAAGAUGUUGUGAAAAGGGGAUGCUGUGGUUUGAGAAGAUAGUCAAGCGGAUGAGGGAUAAGCUGAAGAAGAAGGAGGUGAAGAAACCAGAGGUGAAGAAGAAGAAUGAGGUGGUGGUAGUUGCUGUUGCACGUAAGGCACCAAAAUCCAAAAAGGCAAAGAAGAAUGCAAAGAAGACGAGGAAAGCCCAGAAAAUGAAAGAGAGGAAGCAAGAUGAGGCCCUCAAGAACAUCAUGAAGAAGGCAUCAGCCGCCUCUGCUCCAAACUAUGGAGAGCAUAACCAAUGCAUUGGACUACGUUGA